AUGUUUGCCCGGCCAUAUGUCUGUUCUUUGUGCAAGCGCCUGACGCCAUUGAGGCUCUUGCCCCGACCCCAGACGCAACGCUUACACGCCUCCCCGUUCUUGAAUCUUCCCCGGCGCAAAGACUUCUUCUCGUCUAAUGCACACUUGAAGCAAAAGCAGUCCAGUCAAACCGGUGAAACGCCAGACGAACUGCUUCCAGAAUCACAGAAAUCACGUAGACGAAACACCCGAACACCCGCCGCGCCCACAUCCUUGCGACGAGUAGCUGUGGAAGCACAACGAUCGAGGGAUGGAUCUCUCUCCAAAGCCCAGCUCAAAGAGCAGGGCUUAUAUCAGACUAAGGCAAUAACCGCCUAUGCCGUAGCCGAACAAUUCAACAUUCGCAAAGUCCGAGACAUUCUCCAAGAGAAGGGCUACGAGCCGGAUCCGUUGGAAACAGGACUCUAUCCGCAAGUCGUUCACGUCCAGAUCCCUAUAGACUCAAUACGACGCGUGGCAAAUCCAUCUACAGUCGAUCUAUCUCCAGAGGAAGUUGGCGAUGUCUUUGUUUUUCCGUCCGGCACAGUCGUGGCAUGGUCUCUCCCGGAGGGCUUUACCUCCUUCCUGGCUACACGAACACUUCUCCCGGCUGCUGAGGGCGCACACACGGAAAACCUGGAAACAGAGGAUCUGGAGUACGUCGAGGAUCCCAAAAGGGACAAUAGUACCAUCAAGGGAGACACGAUCAUCCUCGGCACCCAUACCGGGCACGAAGGACCGGACGUACCAUUCGCAAAGCGACAAUCCAUCGACACUGUUCUCACCAAAGUAGCAUUCUCAUCAGGAUUGGCUAGAAGCACCAAACUAGCCGUUCUUGAGAGUCUGUUGGCGAACUAUUUCGAAUCGACCCGAGCGAUUCCCACACUGCUAUCGCAUGGCUCGCGCCUCCCCUUCACGCGAGACUUUAUUCUCCGCAAGACCGGUCAGCUCCUCAGCGUGCGCGCGCAGCUGAAUCUCUACUCCGAGCUGACCGACUCUCUUCCGGACAUUUUCUGGGAUAGUCGGCAUGAACUCGGCCUGGAAGGCUACUACGAACAAGUCGGACGGGCUCUGGAUGUGGGCAUCCGCAUCAAGCUCUUGAACGAGAAGAUGGAUUAUGCACAGGAGAUUGCGAGCGUGCUCCGUGAGCGACUCAGUGAGACACAUGGGCUGCGGUUGGAGUGGAUCAUCAUCCUGCUGAUCGCGGUGGAGGUGGGAUUCGAAGUGCUGCGGUUGUGGAAAGAGAGAGUCCAGGAGAAGGAAGAGAUGGCACAGUCUCGGGAGACGUAG